GCCGCCUAUCAUUGUGUUCAUAAUGGGAUGGACCGACCAAGUGUCCCGUAUGUACGGACGUAGGGUCACAAAGUGGACGGGACCGAACUUGGGAAGGAAGUUCGUGAGGACCAUUUCAUCAUAUCCGUUCAUCACUGGAAGAAAACCCAAGGAGUGAAAUUUCAACCCCAUCAAAAUUAAGCUUAGCUAUGAAGUGUGCGAAUUUCAGAUGGGAAACAUGGGAAACAUGGGGAAAAAAAAAAAAAAGGAAAGAUUUCUCGCGUUAAUCCUAAGCUACGCGGAGUCAAGAAGUGUAGGAUCCACUUUCUAAGCCCAUUUCCAAGCUUCUUCCAAAGUCACUCAGAUUACCCUGUGUGUAUAUCUCAUAAGAGGAGGUUAACAAACACCUGUAUGUUUUUCUAAUUCUAAUGUUGUUUUGGAUAUUCUAUAAAUAGCUUUACUCGGUUCCCUCAGUUCCGACCUUGAAUCUUCUUCUUCAUCUUCAUCAUCCUAGCAAUAAUUGGAGUAGUGUUUGUUUGUUUGAGUCCCAAUUAUGUCUGUAGGAGAGAUCAUAAGCAGGUAUUUGAAAUCGUUCCCAAUGGGAUUCGGAUUUCAUCCCACCGAUGAACAGUUGGUUGUUCGCUAUUUGAUCCCCAAGUUACGGGACGAGCAUUCCCGUUUGAAGAUGAAGAUGCCAGGCACUGAUUUCCAGGUAGACAUCAUCCGCGAGGUUGAUGUCUGCCAAUGGGAGCCUUGGGAAUUACCAGAUGAACUGAAUCAUCCAGUUUUUUCAGUGUUUCAAACAGAUGAUCCAGAGUGGUUCUUUUUCUCUCCCCUUCAUAAGAAAAAUGGCAGUCAAUUCAAAAGGGCAACAAAUAAGGGGUUCUGGAAAUCCACCGGUCCGGAUCGUAAAAUCAAGCAUCGGGCCACAGGAAAGGAUAUUGGUACCAAGAAAACUUUGGUUUUCCAUGAAGGCCGUGGUCCUUCGGCCGUCAGUGCCGGCUGGAUUAUCCAUGAGUACCACGCAGAUAAGAAAUUUGUUCGCGACGAUGAGACCUAUGUUCUGUGUCGCUUAAAGAGAGAAACAGGGUCUGGUUUUCCUCCACAAACCAACCUUAAUGGCAUGUUACCCAAUCCGCCAUCCAAUCAACAAACUUCGCGGAUGAAUAUGGACGUUGACGAUUCAUCUACAGGUACUGGGAUUCAUCUGAAUCGCCCACCCAACAGCAUGACCUCAGGUGCUGAUUGGAGCCACUAUGCUAUCAAUAUUGCUUGUGUGAUCUUGGAAAUUAUCUACCAGACGAAAUAAAUGCAGAGGAUGAUCUUGCUAUUGAUUCGGACGGAUUCCCUUAUGACAGGAGAUCAGCUGUUGACAGUGGGAACCUGGGGAAUUGUCGUAUUGGCAGGCUAUUGACCUGCCCACAGACCCCAUUGAAGGGCGCACAUGGUAAGGGUGGUGGAUCAAGCAGUGACACAGACACUCAAGUGGCCCAAGUUGAGGCAAAAAUAUGCAAUGGAAAGGGUUCUUUCAAUUUCCCAGACACUGCUUCUGCAGUCCAUGAACCAAGUUCCCCACCAGGUUAUCUUGUCAAUUUACUCGUGGGCAUACUAUUGUUGGUGAUUCUUAUUGCAGUUAUGGUGCAAGACAUCCGUGCAAAGUUUUAGAAGCCUUAGCCUUUACCUGGAGGUGAUAUUACCACAUUGGUUUUAGACUUCUCUUAAAGCCAGCAGCAAGCCAGCCAUAGACCAAAAAAUUCACACAGUGAAGAAGCAUCAAGGAAUAGAAGCAUGUGUGUUUUUUAGCAGCACGCAUGGAGAUAUCUUUCUACGAGGAUAGUACUUAACAUAGUUGGGCAUGUAGGUUAAUGCUUUAUAUGGAGUGAGGAUUACUUUGUGGAUGAAAAUAUUGUGAUAUUGGGCCAAGGUUUGGGACGGAACUUAUUUAUGUAAUAAAUUGAUUUUAUUGUUUA